AUGACAUCACUUGAUAUUGCUUUUAUGACAGUACCAUGGAACAGAAUUUUGGAAAGAUUUGAUAAAACUAGUGUUAAAUUACAAGAGAAGUCACUUGAUUUAUCAGUCGCUGUUAAGCUUUUAAAAUCUUUACGGGAGUAUAUUGGUUCAAUAAGAAACAAUUUCAAUGAUAUAGAAAAAGUGGCAUUAUCUCUUUCUAAAGUUAUUUCUAAAAAGUAUAAUACUGAAAAAAAAAGAAAAAUAAUUCGUAAAUUAACUCCAGAUGAAAUGAUUCGAAAUGAAGAAGAGACCAGUUUUUCUAGGCAGGAGAAGUUUAGAGUUGAAACAUUUAUAGUUAUAAUGGACAAAUUAGAUAUAUGCCUGCUAAAAAGACUUGAACAAUAUAACGAUCUAGAUAGAAAGUCUGGGUUUCUUACUUAUUUUAAAUCUAUGACUGAGAAAGAAAUCGUGGAUAUGGCAAAAUAUCUUGGUAAAAUAUAUCCGGACGACCUUGAUUGUGACAUUUUUCCCGAAGAAAUGAUACAUUUUACCAAAUUAGUUGAUGAGGAAGAUGAAGAAGGAAAAAUUAAAAUGCCACCAGCACUAAAAUGUCUUCAAAUUAUACACGAUAAUAAACUCAAUUCAGUGUUUCCUAAUGUGGAAGUAGCAUAUAGAUUGUAUUUAUGUCUUCCAGUUGCCAACUGCAGUGCAGAAAGAGCAUUUUCAAAAUUGAAAAGAGUGAAGAACGAAUUGAGGUCUACCAUGAAAAAUCCACGCUUGAACGCUUUAUCAUUAAUGACCAUUGAGAGAUCUCUACUUAAAGAAAUAAAUACAGAUGAAAUAAUUGUGGAGUUUCAAAAAAAUAAAAUAAAAUAA